AUGGGAAGGCGAAAGAGGCUAUGUAUCACUUCUACUGAAAUCAACGAGCUCAUUGAAGACCAUGGGGCUACUGAAACUGAAGAUGUUCAAUCAAAUUGUGAAGAAUUUCAAUCUAUUAAUCAACAAUCUAACCAACAAUCUUCGGAGUGUGAGAUAGGUGCAAACGAACAAGGUGCUCCCAAAAAGGUCAGAGGUUAUACCCAAAAAUCAGAAACAUGGAAAAUGAAUAGUACACAAAGAAUAGUUGUCACAUUUAAUAACUUCGGAAAGCCAGUGGGGGAUGAAGGUAAUGAACUUGUUCAAUACCUUGGAACGCUUGUGAGGAUGGCCGAUCAUGUUUCAAUAGAAUAUUCUGACUGGAGAAAGGUUCCCAUACAAAAGAAAGAGGAUAUGUAUUCACUGGUUAAGUCCAAGUUUAUAUUUCAUCCAGUUGAGACUAGUGAGAUUAAAAAAUGGAUCUUUCAUAGCAUGGGAAAAAAAUGGAGAACAUGGAAAGGUUCAUUAAAGACACGUGCGUAUGAUCCUAGCCUUUCUAUUGAUGAAAUUGUGACACAACAAACUAAAAAAGACAAUAGAGUGAAUCCAACUCAAUUUAAAGAAUUAGUUACUCGUUGGUUCACUUCUGAAUUUCAGAGUACAUGUGCUGUAAAAAGAAUGAGUCGUGAAAAGAUGCACGAGCCUCAUGUUACGGGAACGAAAUCAUUUGCUAGACUUGCUCAUGAAAUGGCUUCAUUGAAAGCUAUUGCAAGUGACUCCAUAAGCACACCUAGAGAUUCAAGUGAUAUUACAAAUGAUGACUACUCAAAGGUUAAAGGCCCAGAGAAAAGGGGGUAUGUUCGAUUAGUAGGAAGGAUGCCGGCUGCAAAAAAGAAUGGUGACUCUUCAUCAGAUUCACAAACUGUUCAUCAACUAAAGAGUGUUGUCAACGUUAUGGCAAACAUCAUCCAAGAACAUAUCCCUAAUGCAAACUUGUCUGCAGUUCUUAGAAAUAUGAACAUAGAGGUCCCUGGUAUUUCUUCAGUCCCUAACAAUUCUAUAUCAGUUAACCAGAUAUCACCAGUAACCACUAGUAUCAUUGGUAAGAAAGAGUUUACACAAGGAUCACAUUACUUCCAUGAAGACUUUGAGAGAGAUUUAAGAGCGUAA